AUGUCGUACCUGACGACGUACUUUUUCAUCAAUCUUAGCCUCACUUUCUACAACAAAGCCGUCAUGGGCUCUUUUCCGUUUCCUUGGAUCCUAACAGCCGUUCAUACUGGAAGCGCUGCUCUUGGAAGUUCGAUCUUCUUGCUGUUCGGGCACUUCACCUUGACGAGGCUUUCAGCACGUGAGCACCUGGUGCACGUCAUCUUCUCGCUUCUAUUCACGCUCAACAUUGCCAUGUCGAACCUCUCGCUGGGAAUGGUGUCGAUACCCUUCCAUCAAAUCAUGCGAGCAACAUGUCCACUCUUCACGAUUCUGAUCUAUCGCGUCUUCUUCUCGCGAAGAUACGCCAUGAUCACCUAUCUCUCCAUCCUCCCCGUCAUGGUGGGCGUCGGCCUUGCCACGUUUGGUGAUUACUACUUUACUGCCCUUGGCUUCACCCUGACGCUGAUUGGAGUCGUGCUUGCUGCCAUCAAGACUGUGGUCACGAACCGUUUGAUGACUGGGCGCUUACGGCUGCCGGCAUUUGAGCUCCUCCUCCGCAUGGGCCCUCUAGCGGCAGUGCAAUCUCUGCUGUACUCGGUGCUCAUUGGCGAGUUCUCGGAAUUGCUGGAUUUUGUAAGAGCAGGACACUUGACCACAGAGCAGGUGCUGGCCGUCUCAGGCAACGGCAUGCUCGCAUUCAUGCUGAACGUCGUGUCGUUUGAGACGAACAAGCUCGCGGGUGCGCUGACGUUGACCAUCUGCGCCAACUUGAAGCAGUGUCUGACCAUCGUAUUGGGGGCGGUUCUGUGGGACGUGCCAGUGAGCCCGAUCAACGGGGCGGGAAUCCUCUUGGCUUUGGCUGGUGGAGCAUGGUACAGCAGCAUAGAGCUGAGGAACAAGGGCCGGGCCAGUGGCUAA